AUGUCGUCCGAACUUGAUCGAUUACGCCGAGAGCUUGAAGAAGAGUAUCGACCACGAGAGGAAGAACAAUAUCGCCGUAUAGCCGCCGAAGAGCACGAUAUUUCGAAGCAACGCCGACGAGAAGAGGAGCAACACCAACGAGAAGAAGAGCGACGCCGCUAUAAUCAAAGAACAGGAAAUACAAGCUUGGCCGAAUUCCUCGAUGCAUGUCAUGUUCACCUCUACCAAGGAUUGGCCGUCCAACACAAGACCCAGUCAACCCAAGGAACUCCUGCGAAUGCUGACCGAAAGCUUCGUCCCGGUUAUAUGGUUUCUUGGAUGGAUUUUCCGGCGAACCAGACUCGCAUGUGGGAUAUAGUGAUGGAGUCGGAUUUCAUAUCAGAAGACAUGUCACGAACCGGGUUCUGA